AUGAGCAGCUUCCUCGGGCUGGGUCCAGCCCGGUCCAGCCUGCGGACCGCCCUCGGGGCCGCCACGCGACGUGCGCCGACGCUCCUCGAGACCCGAUGCGUCCGAUGCUUCGCGACGGCGCGGCAGGGGAGCAGCAGCAGCAGCAGCAGCAGCAGCCGACAAUUGCGCUCCCCGCUCCGGCCUAGAUUGCUCCAUGGGCCGGCAGCGGCACAGCUCACCACCCUCCACCAGUGCAUCCAGACGAGGGGCAUAUUCUCGUCGGGGGUCAUCAAGGACUACGUCGACCUGCCGCCGGACUACGAGGACGCGCACGGGCUGGACUUUGCGAAGAAGCCCCUCGACGACCACGAGGUGCUCAUGAUAUUCGGCCACGGGAUGGACACCAUCUCGGCGAACCGCCUCCUGCAGAUCCUGCACGGGCGGCGGGUCGCGGGCACGCUCGACGACCCCGCGCUGCAGCGCCACACGAUUCUAUACUCCAAACAGCAGCAGGACGCUGCCCUGGCCUACCUGAGAAAGACGGUCCCCGUCAACGAGCUUGUCAACGCGGGACUGAGGGCGGAGGACGAGCUCGCCGAGCUGGAGGCUGCUGCGGUUGGAGAGGAGCUGCCCAAGGAGAAGCAGCAGCUGUCUGCCAAGGAGCUGGCAGCAGAGGCGAACUGGAGGAGGCGCCUUUACAAGGAGAGGCCGAAACAGGACGAGCUGGAGGCUGCUGCGGCUGGAGAGGAGCUGCCCAAGGAGAAGCAGCAGCUGUCUGCCAAGGAGCUGGCAGCAGAGGCGAACUGGAGGAGGCGCCUUUACAAGGAGAGGCCGAAACAGGACGAGCUGUACGGAAGGGGUUCGUUCGACAAGAUCAGAGCACGCAACGAACUCAAGUACGAGGAGGAGCUCAGGCGGCAGGAGGAAGAGAAGAGGAAGAGGGAGGAAGAGGAGGCGAGGCAGAACCCGGGCAAGCUCCAAAAGAUCGACGAGACUGCGCCGCGAGAGCUGAGCCCCCGGAUGAAGGAGUGGCACGUGGCGGCGACGUCGACCCUCAAGGAACCCCCCAAGAUGUCAAAGUGGCAGAGGCUGUGGCCCUCGUACGCCGUCAUCCUGUCGCUCAUCGGCGCCGGCGCGGUACUCAGCAUGUACUACACGCCGCCCAAGCGGUCGCAGCGGCUGUUCCCGGACGUCCCGCCCGCGGCGGCGACGGUGCUGACCCUGAUGGCGGCCAACGUGGCGGUGUGGGCGCUGUGGAAGGUGCCGCCGGCGUGGCGGGUCAUGAACCGCUACUUCCUGCUCGUGGCGGCCACGCCGCAGCCCCUGAGCAUCGUGGGCACGAUGCUGUCGCACCAGAAGAUCGGGCACCUGGCGGUCAACAUGCUCUUCCUCUGGUUCUUCGGCACGCGGCUGCACGACGAGGUCGGGCGCGCCAACUUCCUCGAGGUCUACUUCGCGUCGGGCACGCUCGGCUUCCUGGCCAGCCUGACGGGCAUGGUGCUGCGGGGCAACCUGCACCUGACGACGCUGGGGGCGUCGGGCGCCAUCUACGGGGUCGCGACGGCGUACUUUAUGCUGCACCGGUACGAAGGGUUCAAGGUGUUCGGCCUGCCGCCCGACCCCUACGGCGGGAUCCAGGGCCUCGGCUUCAUCGGGCUCAUGCUCGGCAUCAACAUCAUGUCGCUCAUGUCCAAGAAGCAGGUGCUGGACGUGGCGUCGCACGUGGCGGGCAUGGCGGCCGGCGCGGCGUACAGCGAGUACGUGCGCCGGAAGAUGGGGGACAGGAAGGGCGGCGACAAGAAGGCCAGGCCCGAGACGACGACGACGACGACGACGCUGGGCGGCGGUGAUAGAGAGCCGCCUGGCGCGCUGGAGAGGGUCGUCGCGGAGAAGUGA